AUGUUCAACCUGUUGUGCUGUCUACCUCUGCUUGCUAUAGCCGUGGCUGCUGACUAUUAUGUCCCAUCCUACGGGGGUGGCUUAAAAGGAAGCAACUUGGGAGUCAUUGGGGGCAUUGGUAAAGGAAAUGUCCUCCUUGGAAACAAAGGAUACGGAGGAAUAAGUUCUUGGGACAGUGGGUAUGGUGGAUCAUGGAAUAGCGGACUCAUGUUAGGAGGAAAAGGAUUAUUGGGCGGUAACUAUGGUAACAUAGGAUAUGGAGGAGUCUUGGUAGGAGGAAAAGGAUUGAUGGGCGGUAACUAUGGUAACAUCGGAUAUGGAGGACCUUUGGUAGGAGGAAAAGGAAUAGGAGGAAUUCUCCUUGGAGGCAAAGGAUUAGUAGGCAGUGGUUAUGGAAACAUUGGAUACGGAGGAGUCUUGUUGGGAGGAAAGGGAGUACUCGGCGGAAAUUACGGUGCUAAAGGAAUAGGAGGAAUUGUCCUUGGAGGCAAAGGAUUAGUAGGCAGUGGAUAUGGUAAUCUGGGAUACGGAGGAAUCUCUUCUGUUGUAGGAAUCAAGGUAAUAGAAUAA